CCAGGAGCCAGCCAGGCACCGUGGCAGAAGGUGGAGGACCGCGAAGAGUAGGCGGUGUGUGGCGGGCAGGGUGCCGGCUUUCCCGGCUAUCGCGAGAGGCGCAGCUAGGAGGGGAAGGGAGGGGAAAAGAAGCCGAGAGGGCCAGGAAGGGAGGCUAGCUAGAGCCGGCGGAUUCUGCCGCCCGUAGCGGCGGCUGCUGCGGGAAGUCGCAGGUUGCCGUCAUGGCGGGGGUCGGAGCCGGAGCGAGUGCCCAGGAGAAGCGGGCCACGGCAGCGCGCCUGAAAGCGGCCCUCAGCUUCAGCGCUGCCGAGGACAGCGAGGCUGCCGGGGAACUGCAGGCGCUCCUGGAGCGGGCGCUGAGCCCUUCGGCGGGCAGCGGUAGCGAGGCGGUGUCUGAGGCGCUGGCUUGGUGCCGUUGCCUGCUGGCGGGUGGCGAGCCCUGGGACAGCUUCGUGCAGGCGGUGAGGGCCUACGACCCGGCCACGCUCUGCGGCCUGGUGUGGACAGCCAACUUCGUGGCCUACCGCUGCCGCACCUGCGGCAUCUCGCCAUGCAUGAGCCUCUGCGCCGAGUGCUUUCACCAAGGCGAGCACGCCGGGCACGAUUACAACAUGUUCCGCAGCCAGGCGGGGGGUGCCUGUGACUGCGGCGACGGCAACGUCAUGCGGGAGGCCGGGUUUUGUAAAAGGCACCGAAUAAAAUCAAGCUCAGAAGUUCCAUCUGUUCCAAAAGACCUGUUGCUAAUGUCAGAACUAGUUCUUCCCCAAUUUAUCUUCUGUCUUAUCCAGUAUUUAAGGGAAGGCUAUGAUGAACCAGUUCUUGAUGUACCAUCAGAAAAAGACCUUCUUAAAAUCCUUCAGAUAUUGGAACCUCACAUUUCAUUUCUGGAAGAUCUCACAAAAAUGGGAGGAGCAAUGCGUUCAGUCCUUACGCAGGUUUUGACAAAUCAGCAAUUCUAUAAAGAUCUUAGCUCUGGUGGUGGAGAAAACACAUGUGCGAAGAAAAGCCAUGAAAAAUACCUUGUAGCUCUGAAAGGUUCUGGACUGACAUUUCCUGAAGACAAGCUUGCAUGUGGAGUGCAGGAACAAGCAGCUGGAGCUAGCACUUCAGUAGUCCAAGGUUUUGCAGGUGCUACAUCAACUUCAGGGCAAGGUGACUCUUCAGAUGAGGAGGACCAGAAUGGUAGCCAAGGUGUGGGAAAGCGCAAGAGGGUGAAACUAAGCAGCAGCACCAAAGAUCAAUCCAUCAUGGAUGUUUUGAAGCAUAAAUGUUUUCUUGAAGAAUUAUUAUUUUGGACAAUAAAAUAUGAAUUUCCCCAGAAAAUGGUAACUUUCUUACUCAACAUGCUUCCAGAUCAAGAUUAUAAGAUUGCAUUUACUAAAACUUUCGUGCAGCAUUAUGCUUUUAUUAUGAAAACCCUGAAGAAAAGCCAUGAAUCUGAUACCAUGUCUAACAGAAUUGUACAUAUUAGCGUCCAGCUGUUCAGUAAUGAGGAGUUGGCACGUCAAGUGACAGAAGAAUGCCAGCUGCUUGAUAUUAUGGUUACAGUCCUGCUGUAUAUGAUGGAGAGUUGCCUCAUUAAAAGUGAGCUGCAAGAUGAAGAAAACAGUUUACAUGUAGUUGUGAACUGUGGGGAAGCACUACUCAAGAACAAUACAUACUGGCCACUUGUCAGUGACUUCAUUAAUAUCCUUUCACAUCAGAGUGUGGCUAAGAAAUUCUUGGAAGAUCAUAGACUAUUAGUAACAUGGAUGAACUUUGUAUCAUUUUUUCAAGGUAUGAAUUUAAACAAGCGAGAACUUAAUGAGCAUGUUGAGUUUGAAUCCCAAACUUACUAUGCUGCUUUUGCUGCUGAGCUUGAGGCCUGUGCCCAGCCAAUGUGGGGGCUACUUUCACACUGCAAAGUCAGGGAGACACAAGAGUACACCCGAAAUGUUGUUAGAUACUGCAUAGAAGCACUUCAGGACUGGUUUGACGCAAUCAACUUUGUGGAUGAGCCUACUCCUAAUCAGGUCACUUUUCAUCUGCCACUACAUCGUUACUAUGCUAUGUUUCUGAGUAAGGCUGUCAAAUGCCAAGAACUAGAUCUGGAUUCCCUUCUUCCAGACCAGGAAAUGUUGAUGAAGCUAAUGGUUCAUCCACUCCAAAUUCAGGCAAGCCUCUCUGAAAUUCAUAGUAAUAUGUGGGUAAGGAAUGGCCUGCAGAUUAAAGGACAAGCCAUGACUUACGUGCAGUCUCACUUCUGUAAUUCCAUGAUUGAUCCUGACAUUUAUCUGUUGCAGGUCUGUGCUUCAAGAAUUGACCCAGAUUAUUUCAUUUCCUCAGUUUUUGAAAGGUUCAAGGUGGUUGACCUUUUAACAAUGGCUUCACAACAUCAGAAUACAAUGCUAGAUUCAGAGCAUGAGAAAUCAAUGUUAGAAGGCGCCUUAACAUUUCUUGUAAUUCUUUUAAGUCUUCGUUUACACUUGGGAAUGACUGAUGAUGAGAUUCUGAGAGCAGAGAUGGUAGCUCAGCUCUGCAUGAAUGACAGGACUCAUAGUUCGCUGCUGGACCUCAUUCCAGAAAAUCCUAAUCCUAAAAGUGGCAUUAUUCCUGGAAGUUUAAGCUUUGAAUCAAUGUUGUCAGCUGUGGCGGAUUUUAAAGCUCCUGUGUUUGAGCCUGGGGGCUCUAUGCAGCAGGGAAUGUAUACACCUAAAGCUGAAGUCUGGGAUAAGGAAUUUGACCCAGUCAUGGUAAUUCUUCGAACUGUUUAUCGUAGAGAUGUACAAUCUGCAAUGGACAGAUAUACAGCAUUUUUAAAACAAAGUGGUAAAGUUAAUGGAAACCCCUGGCCUCCUUACAAGAAACGGACACAUUUGCACUCAAGCUAUAAAGGUCUCAUGAGGCUCUUGCACUGCAAAACUUUGCACAUUGUAUUAUUCACUCUGCUCUACAAGAUAUUAAUGGAUCAUCAAAAUCUGUCAGAACAUGUCCUUUGCAUGGUUUUAUAUUUGAUUGAGUUGGGACUAGAGAACUCACCUGAGCAGGAAUCUGAUGAAGAGGAUUCAGUGGGAGGACAAGAACGCUGCCAUGAUAGUUGGUUUCCAGGGAAUAACUUGGUGUCUAACAUGCGUCACUUGAUUAAUUACGUGCGCGUAAGAGUCCCAGAGACAGCUCCAGAGGUGAAAAGAGAACCACCUGCAAGUACAAGUUCUGAUGGCUCAGCAGCUUCUCAGAAUCCAAGGCGACCUAAAGGACUUCAGAGAGAGAAUUCAGGGACAGUACAAGUGUUCAGUCUGGUUGCAGAGCGCAGAAAGAAAUUUCAGGAAAUCAUUAAUCGCAAUACUACUGAAGCCAAUCAGGCAGUUCGACCCAAGAGUUCAAUGAAAUGGUCUGCUCCAGGUGCAACUCCCCAGCUAACCACAGCCAUCUUGGAAAUCAAGGAAAGCAUAUUAUCCUUGCUAGUUAAGCUUCAUCAUAAACUGUCAGGAAAGCAAAACUCUUACUAUCCUCCCUGGUUGGAUGACAUGGAAACUUUAAUUCAGUGCGAAAACCCUAAAUAUUUACAUGGGGAUGGAAUGACUGCUGUAGAAAGGAUUUUAUUAAAAGCUGCACUUCAAAGCAGAUUAAACAAACGAAUCAUUGAGGAAAUAUGUAGAAAAGUGACUCCACCUGUGCCACCAAAGAAGAUUAGCCCAGCCGAGAAGAAAACUUUGGACAAAGAAGAAAGACGACAGAAGGCCAGGGAGAGGCAACAAAAAUUGUUGGCUGAAUUUGCAUCAAGGCAGAAAAGCUUUAUGGAAACUGCUAUGGAUGUUGAAUUGCCAGAUGCAGAUAUUGCUAUGGAGAUAGCAACAGCAGAACAGCAUGUUUCUGAAGCUGUGUAUGAUUGUGUUAUUUGUGGACAGAGUGGCCCUUCCACUGAGGAGCGACCAGCAGGAUUAGUUGUGCUUUUACAGGCCUCUUCAGUUUUGGGCCAAUGCCGCAAUACUACUGAGCCUAAGAAGCUGCCAACCUCUGAAAAGGAGCAGAUUUAUCCUUGGGAUACAUGUGCAACAGUAUAUGAAGCACGCCUUGCAACUUUACAGCACCUCUUUAAAGAUAGUUCCUGUCUGCAAUCAGUAUCAAUUGGUUGGGAAGGAGGUGUGUAUGUACAAACCUGUGGACAUACGUUACACAUCGAUUGUCAUAAAUCCUACAUGGAAUCAUUACGGAAUGACCAGGUUCUCCAGGGUUUUUCAGUGGACAAAGGAGAAUUUACUUGUCCUCUGUGUAGGCAGUUUGCUAACAGUGUCCUUCCAUGUUAUCCUGGCAACAGUGUGGAGAGAAGCCUUUGGCAAUGUCACAGUAACAAAAAUAUGCAAGAUCUCAUAAAAGAGGUGGAAGAGCUUCAAGAGCAGCUGGGAACUUUCCCAGUAAGCAUCAGUUCAGAAACCAAUUUAAGUAAAGAAAUGGAGUCUGUAAUGAAGGAUAUCAAAAGUACUACCCAGAAGAAAUACACUGACUAUAGCAAGUCUCCUGGAUCACCAGACAAUGACUUUCUUUUCAUGUAUUCUGUAGCCAGGACAAACUUGGAACUUGAACUGGUUCAUCGGGGAGGCAAUCUGUGUCUAGGAGGUGCAAGCACAGCUGGAAAGAGAUCAUGUUUACAUCAGCUGUUUCAUGUGUUGGCUAUGCACAUGCGACUGUACAGCAUUGAUUCUGCAUACAACCCAUGGAAGAAACUAACCCAAUUGAUGCAUGAUGAGAAUUCGCAGAUGAGCAGUGAAGAACAGCCAGAAGUUCCAGUGCUUUAUAGAGAUGUCUCAUCUCUUUUGCUCAUCCAGAUUUUAACGAUGCCACAGCCAUUGCGCAAAGAACACUUUACGUGUAUCAUAAAGGUGCUCUUCACGUUGUUGUAUAUACAAGCUCACGUUGCACUUUCUAUUAAAUGCAAUGCUGAAGACAGGAUGACUUGGAUGAACUCAGGAGCUCUGAAAAAGAGUAUAUCAAAUGCAAAAAAGUCUUGGGAAGUAUUACUGAGCCAUGUGAUCAGUGAACUCUUCAAAGGGAAGAUCUAUGAACGAGAGGAAACUGAAGAUCUAGCCAUGGACAGCACUAGUGCUUGGUGCCCACACUCCAUAGAGACUUAUUUGCAGCAGUUCUGCCUCCCUUUCCUCAGGAUAACUAGCCUUCUUCAGCACCAUCUCUUUGGAGGGGAGCUACCCAGCUGUCAGGAAGAUGAAGAAUUUACUGUGCUUGCCAAUUGCCUGGGUUUGUUACCAUCAUCUUUUCAAUCAUCACAGUUCUCCAGUGCCUCUUGUCUUGAUUGGCCAGUGCCAGCCUUUGACAUAAUAUCCCAAUGGUGCUCAGAAUUGGUUUCAUUUGCAGACAAGCAUCCAACACAAGUAAAGAUUUUACUUAUACAAGAAACUAAGUGGGACUUACCACGGCUCCUACAAUUGCCUGAAAAUUAUAAUACUAUUUUCCAAUACUAUCACAGAAAAAGUUGUUCAGUCUGUUCCAAGGUUCCUAAAGAUCCUGCUGUGUGUCUAGUUUGUGGCACUUUUGUGUGUUUGAAGGGACUUUGCUGCAAGCAACAGAGCUACUGUGAAUGUGUUUUGCACUCACAAAACUGUGGUGCUGGAACAGGCAUAUUCCUUUUGAUCAAUGCAUCUGUAAUCAUCAUCAUUCGUGGUCAUCGUUUUUGCCUUUGGGGUUCCGUUUACCUGGAUGCACAUGGUGAAGAAGACAGAGAUCUCAGGCGUGGUAAACCUCUCUAUAUAUGUAAAGAAAGAUACAAAGUCCUUGAACAGCAGUGGGUAUCACAUACCUUUGAUCACAUCAAUAAAAGAUGGGGGCCACAUUAUAAUGGUUUGUAGAUCACUAUCAUCAUGCUGUAACAUUGCCUUUAUUAUCAAUGCUACUUGAUUGGCUUGAACUUUAAGUGAAUGGAAGUUCAGUCACUUCAUUGGGGAAGUGUGAAGCCUUGCCAUUGUAUGAAGCCCUACAUCAGUUAGGUACUGGUAAUAAGAGGUUUAGUAAUUAAAAACACAAAGCAAUUAGUCUUCAUAAUUUGAGUACAGAAUCUAAAUUCAUUUAAUAGUUGUUGCUUUAUAAUCCACUAAUAAACAAGCACAAAUUGUACUUUAAAAAUGCCACUAAAUGGCUCUUGAGCAUUUUAUUUUGCCCCUGACUGGGGUUGUUUGUGCUGAAGCACUAUAUAUGUGUAGUACACACCUGCUAAACAUGUUACUUUUUUCUUUGCCCUUCUUUGUGUUGCUUUAAGAAUUUGAUUGAUAUGUAUUUGUAAGUAUACAAGAGCUGUAACACUUUUGAUUUGUGAGAUUGUAUAGAAAUGGUCUAAAGGAUUUUUAGAGAAUAUUUCGCUUACUGCCAGAGAGCUAUUGAAAUAGCUUCAGGCAUUGCUGAAAACCUUAUUCAUUCUCAGGAAUUUCAUAGAUAUACUCCAGAGAUUAGUGAAAUAGCUGUAAAAUAGGUAGCUUGCUGCUCGUAAUGUAAUACAAUACAUAUAUUGUAUUUUGUCUUUGCCAUUUUUGGUUAGCUUUAUUUACUAGUAACUACUAAUACAUCCCUUUUAUUGUCUGUGUAUAUACAGCUUUUGUAAAAUACUCAAAAUGUCAUGUCUCUCUCUUUUCCACCCAGCUGUAUGUUUCAGUGUGGUGCAGGUGAAAGACAUGCUGCAAAUGAAGCAAAAUUUGAGAACUUUCAAAAGAGUUCAAGCAGCUUCUUUCUAUUAUAUUUAUAAAGCAAACACUGCCCUUUCUGCUUGAAUUCCCUAAUAGGGAAAUUUAGCAGUGGGGGGAGUUAAAUUGUGAGGAAACAGUGGAUAAAUGUUUUUUUUAAAUUGCAUCUCAUGUGAAGAAGUCAUAUUAAUAGCUAUGCUCCAGUUACCCUUUUUAAAAGGUGAUAUUCUGCUGAUCAAGUUGCUUGGCAUGGAAGGGGGGGAGCAAUGGGUAGUCUGAAUCAAGCCCUCCUCCUAAACAGCUGAUCGCAUUACUCGGCUGCUGGAUCACAGAGCAGGACCACCUGUGCUGCACCUUGUUGCACACACCGCUGCCCUGCAAGCUAGAGAUGUAUAUGUGGAAUACUGCUUCCACCAUCACAUAGUGGGCCCUGGGACACAUGUGCUUUGAUGGCUUUGAAAUCCACAUCUGGAGCGGUGGGGGGGGGGAGAAGGGCACCACACUUACCCAGGCAGAAAAAAAUUAAUACUACAUUGCUGCCAUACUUUUUUCUUCUUUUCCACAGAGUAAUCAGUCAUCUGUUGAUUAUUUCAAACAGUGCUAUUGGACACUUCUGAUACUUACAUGCUUUGACUUACAUGGCUUUUUCUGUAAAAGUGAAGUUUAUGUAUGUAAACUUUUUUUUUAAAGAGCUGUAGUCAUAAAACCAUGUAUUUAGUUGAAAGCUGCUCUCUUUUCAAAGGUCUGAUAGGGAAUCAACUGCUGAAAAUCACAUAGGAAAUAAUACAAAGAAAAUGGGAAUGUUCACAUUAGGAGUCUCAUAGCCCACAGGCUUUUACAAAAUCUAAAGAAAAAUACAUGACAAUGGCUUGCUGUUUUAUUUCUAUAAAAUUAUGUGUGUGAAUAAUACGCAUACAUUUUUGGGUUCUUCCUAGGAGCCUACAUUUUUUUCACCAACUGAAAUAUGAUCUUUCCCAAAACCUUGCUACAUUUUAAAUAUUGUAUCGUAUAUACUGCCUAUAAUAUUUUUGCAUUGCUCAUUUAUGAGUACCAGGCCAUUUUGUAAGCACAGUGAAUGAGCAAAAAUUCUUGACAUUUCCCAGCAUAACACUAUUACAGGGUUUUUGAAUUUGCUCUGUGUAGUUUGAAACUUCACAAGAGAUAAUGUCAAAAGAAACAAUGUCUCCAGAAAUUGAAUAAAAUGUGCUAUUUAAAAUGGAAUGUUUUAUGAUUGUGUAUAUGGGUGUGAAAAAAAAUUAUUAGCCUUAACCUUAAAAUCUAUGGAUUUCACAGUGUUCAUUUUUAUACUGGUGAAUUAGUCACCGGUCAGUUUAAAAGAAAAAGAAAAGGCACUUGUUUGGAAAUCCUACUUGAAAUAUACCUGCAUGCUGCUGAACUAGAAGUUCAAUUACUCCUAUAACUUUUUGAAAAUCUGCUUUGUUAAGCUUACUUUGAAAAAUAACAGGUCCAACUAGAAUGGCGGGAGGGUGCGCACACACAUGCUGCUGCUGCUCUUCCUCUGAUGUACUGGUUUGGUAUCCUGUAUGAAUGAUCAUUUUAAGUACAGUACAUUACUGUAGAAACAGAAUCAGUCUGUGACACAUCAAAAUGCAAAACUAAAAAUACCGUAAUCAACACUGUAAAAUAUGUUAAUAAAAGUCUACUGUCAUA